AUGUAUAUGAGGUAUAACUACAUCAACCGUGGCUUCAAUUACGAUAGUGAUUCAGUCGAAAAGCUAUUGCCCGCCGAAGAUACAGAUGACAGCGAGCAAGGUUUCGGACAGUUUGAAGAACCCAAGAGAAAUGGAAAGAGUAGGCGGUAUCUUAGGAGAGCGAGGAACAUUCUGAUUUGCGCACUUGCUUUCUGGGGGUUAUUCAAUAUCAUCACCCAAAUCAUUCAAAAGCACUUUAAUACCGUCCACCACGAACCUGAACACUCUCACCACCAGCAUCCAGAGCCUCAAGACUCGAAAACCGAAUCAAUUUCCCAUGAACCACGUCGCUCAUGUGCCUGUGGUAGCUCUACCGCCGAAGCAAUCGAAAUUGGCUGCGUAUACGACUCUUUAUCUCCCGCUUGGGUGCAGCCUUACUGUCAAGAUGCCGAGCUCACAGCUGAGUUUGAGACCCUCGGAGACGGUCCAAAUGGCACUUGGAUAUACUACGCAGAUAGAAACCACACGCAAGAGCUAAGCAUGCCCGAAGUUAUGGCUUUGGCUGAUGAUCCCGCUGCACGUUUUCACGUUAGUUGGGAGUGGCAUGUGGUACACUGCUAUAUGUAUUGGAUUAAGCAGUUCCGUGCCCAGACAACUGGUAUAAUUGUGGAAGCAAGGUUUGACAAUGAGGGGCAUAUUAGACAUUGUGCGGAGGUAUUUCAGAAUAGGGUUUACGGGACUUCAUCUGGCGUUGUGCUUAACGCUGAUCUUGAUGAUUCUUAG